AUGGGUGCAAGCCUGUCGGCGUUGCUGCGACUCGCCAACAAUGACACCAUCGACGACGGCGAGCGGACGACGGAGGUGCACAAGUUCAACCCCCACGGUGACACGUGGAUCCAGGUCGUCUACACCAACGAGGGGAACACCAUGGAGAGUGUCCUCGACAUGUACGACGAGAUGCUGAAGGACGAGGUCGACAAAUUUGUCAGUCUAGAUCUCGAGUACAACUGGAACCAAGACAAGAUCGCGGUCAUUCAGCUUGCCAUCAAGGAACACGUCCUCAUCUUCCACCUAAUCAGGUGCAAAGACAGGAUCAACAGGCUGAAGAAUUUCCUUUGGGACAAGGGAUAUACUUUCGUCGGUGUGGACAUAAGGACAGACAGAUGGUUGCUGGACAAACAAUGGUUGUACAUUCCAGAUGGCAAACACCUUGACCUUCAGGACAUGUUCAUGCUUCCAGGUCGUCCCAGAACUGGUAUGGCUGCUAUGGCUGAACAUCUCAUCCACCCCAAGUACGCCGACAUGAAGACGAAGUUCGUGACGGACUAUGAAAAGCGCGAAGGCCAUUCCUUCUGGGAAUACAAGCCACUUGCGGACAUGAACCUCGAGUAUGCUGCUACUGAUGCAUAUGUCAGCUAUGAGCUCUAUCGCAUUAUCACCUUAGUGAACUAG